GUACAUACUUCCUCGUGAAGUGAACGUUCGCCAGUGGAGAAAGUGAACUUUUGACAUUGCUCACUGGUACACACUUGUGAGUACACGUUGUGAACAUUUGACGUUUCAAAAACACUCUAAUGAAGACAUAAAUCCUUCGUACGUAUCACCCUCCAAAACCCAUUUGUUUACAUUGUUGUAUUUGUAAUUUUGACAUUAUGUCCAUGAAUAAAUGUGAAAUUCAAAUCACUGAUAAACUAAAUUUCCACGCACCGGACCUCAUCAAUUGUGUCUUAGUGUGCGUGUUUUCACGCACACUAAGAAUUACUUUAUGAGGUCCGUUUCUGGUUUAGUUUAUAGGCAAACCAAUAUAGCUACCGAGGAUUUAUAUCUUUACUAGAGUGUUUUUGGUUUGAAACAUCAACGCAAACAAUGCAUAGCACAAAAUAAAUCUUUGGUGUGGAUACAUUUCUUAAAAUGGAGGAAAAAAGCAUAAUUAUCGCUGCAACUUCUGUUUUAAUUCUCACGAGAAUUUGCUUGAGACGGAGACGUAAAAUGAAACGAAGAUUAUUUUGGGUCAAUCCAUAUUUACAGGGACGAAGUUCUUUCGGAAGAUUCAAUGAUUUUGAUGAUAUGAUGAAUUACCCUGCAAGUUUUCGGGAGAACUUUCAUAUGAGCUAUGAGCAGUUUCAUUAUAUUUACGACAAAAUAGAAACACAUCUGAAACCAGUAAAAUAUUCCAGAGCUGAUAUAAUUCCUGCAAAAGCAAAACUAGCAAUGGUCUUAGAAUUUCUUGCUUGUGGUUCGCUUCAAAGACACAUUGCAUCUGUUUAUCGAGUGAGCAAACAAGCUUUUGGUCUAAUUGUUGAUCAAGUUUGUAUCGCUAUAUGCACCGAGAUGAGUGACGAGAUGCCAAAAAUGAGGAAAACAAAUUGGUUGGAAGUUGCAAAUAAGUUCAAUGCUAGAUGGAAUUUUCCCAAUUGUGUUGGAGCCAUUGAUGGCAAACAUAUAGCCAUUAAGUGCCCCAAAAAUGCCGGGUCCUUGUUCUACAAUUACAAGAAAUUCCACAGCAUUGUUUUAAUGGCUGUUGCUGAUGCUCAAUACAGAUUUAUAUAUAUCGACGUUGGAGCCUAUGGAUCAGAAGGAGAUGCUUCUGUGUUUUUAACAAGCAGUUUUGGUCGAAGUAUCGUCCAAAAUACGAUUGCCUUACCUGAAAGCACUUAUAUUGGGUGCAAUCAAAUGCCUUUUGUUUUUGUAGGUGAUGAUGCAUUCCCCCUUUCAGAACGAAUUAUGAAACCAUACACACCACAGCGUGGAGCAAAUCUCUCGGACUCGGAAACAAUUUUCAAUUACAGGCUUAGUCGGGCCCGCCGAUGUGUUGAAAACUCAUUUGGCAUUUUGGUUGCCAAAUUUGCAUGUCUCUCACGUACGCUUUUUUGCGGUCCUGAAAGAGCACAAAAAAUAACAUCGGCGUGUUGUAUUCUGCACAAUUAUUUAUUAAAAAGUGAUCGAAAUUUCUAUUGUCCAGACAAUUUUGCAGAUCGCUAUGACGUAGAUGGACGUCUCAUUGAAGGGGAAUGGCGGAAUAAAGUACAAAAUAUUAUCCAUCUAGAUAGAUCAUCACAACGACAAUCAAGGCCAAACGAAAGUUCGAAAAAAACAAGAGAUGUUUUCAAGGAAUUCGUCAAUUCAAAUGAUGGUUCCCUUCCCUGGCAGAGAACCGCAGUUUUCUUAUAAAAAAAAACAAUAAUAAUACAGAGAUAUAAUUUUAAUAUACAUUAUCUUUUAACUGAAAAUUUGUUUAAACAUUUUAAGAAAAAAGUACGAAUUGUAAGAUUAUAUUUGAAGAAAAUUUUUAAUGAAAAUCUUCUUUUAAACAUAACAUUAAAUAUGUAUAACUAUCAGUUUCUUUUCUUUGUUGAAUAAAAUUGUAUCAAAUUUUCACUCAAGAACUAUUUUUAUUCUGAAAAAAACUAAUGCCUUAUUGCGUUUCCUGACAUAAUUUAAUUUCUUCAUAGCACAACGGUCGAAAUCGGCGAAAUUGAAAACGAGAAAAAAGAGCAUGUAAUGUAUGUAAAUGAUAACAAUAAUUGGAAUCUCAAUAGGGGUAUAUAGGGAUCCAGUGCAA